UGAACUCCUACUUUUGCCGCUAAAAGCGAACUCCUGUUAUAUUACAAGGUGCCCCGUCAUCGUUAAAUGCUUAGUAUUUGUCAUUGUCAGGCUAUUCAAUUCGCGGCAAGCAACUGUCCUGAAUGUUAGUGGAAUCAUCAGAUUAAAAUGGGGAUCCAGGGACUGUUGCAGUUCCUCAAAGAUGCCUCGGAGCCCAUCAGUGUGAGGAAAUUCAAGGGACAGACGGUCGCAGUAGACACAUAUUGCUGGCUUCAUAAAGGGGCAUUUUCUUGUGCAGAAAAACUUGCCAAAGGGGAGCCAACUGACCAGUAUGUGACAUACUGCAUGAAAUUUGUGGACAUGCUGUUGUCUUUUGGUGUGAAGCCCAUCUUGGUGUUUGAUGGCUGCAAUCUGCCUUCAAAACAGGAAGUGGACAAAGCUCGCAGAGAGCGUCGUCAGGCAAAUCUGCAGAAAGGCAAGCAGCUCCUACGUGAGGGAAAGAUUUCAGAAGCCAGAGACUGCUUUACCCGCUGUGUUAACGUCACCCCUUCCAUGGCCCAUGAUGUCAUCAAGGCAGCAAGGACCAGAGGUGUGGACUGUGUGGUGGCCCCGUAUGAAGCUGACGCCCAGCUGGCCUUCCUUAACAAGGCUGGCAUUGCACAGGCUAUCAUCACUGAGGACUCAGACUUACUGGCGUUUGGCUGCAAAAAAGUGAUCCUAAAGAUGGACAAACAGGGGAACGGUCUAGAGAUUGACCAGAACCACCUGGGGCGGUGCCGCUCUCUGGGUGAUGUCUUCACCGAGGAGAAGUUCCGCCACAUGUGUAUUCUCUCUGGCUGUGACUAUCUGUCCUCGCUCUAUGGGAUUGGCUUGGGCAAAGCCUGUAAACUGCUGAGGAUGGCAAACAACCCUGACAUCAUUAAGGUGAUAAGGAAGAUGGGCCAGUACCUGAAGAUGAACGUGGUUGUGCCAGACGAGUACAUUGAUGGCUUUGUUAAGGCCAAUAACACCUUCCUCUACCAGCUGGUGUUUGACCCCAUCAAGAGGAAGGUGGUGCCUCUCAACCCCUAUCCAGAGCACAUGGACCCUGCCACCCUCAGCUACGCUGGCUGUAAUUUAGGAGAUUGCAAAGGUUUACAGAUGGCCCUGGGAAACUUGGAUAUCAACACCAUGGAGAGGAUUGAUUACUUCAACCCAGAUGCUGCAAAUGUCAAGCCAGUGAAACCACGCAGUCGUGACUGGAAUGCCAGCCAGGAGACUCGGGCCUCCAUACACCCUAGCAUCUGGAGCAGAGGUUACACACCAGGCACCCUCUCUGCCUCCCAGCCUGUGGGCUCUCCAGAGAGGCCCCCUUCAACCAGGGGAAAGGAGCGGGUCAUCAGUGUGCAGGGGCUGAGGCUUCCUCAAAGGAACACCCAGGUUAAGAGGCCCAGAGAAGACUCUGGUGUUUCAGAGCAGGAUGUGCUGCAGCAGUACUCUCCCUCUGGUCAGAAGAGGUCCAGAGGGGAGGAGGACCCUGAACCCACAGAGAGCCAACACAUCUCCACAUGCCCCCGGUCCAGUGCCACUGCUGCUGCUACCCAUCCCAGACCCCGCAACCGCUUCGCCACCCUGCUACAGAGGAGGAACCAGGAUGGAGUUGGAGACGGGCAGGGAAUGCGAAGCAGGUUCUUCUGUAGUGGCAGAAGCUCCAGUGAGGUGGUCAGCUUGAAUCAGGUGUCUUUUGUCAAAGGGGAGGUGUCUCAGGAUGAGGUCACAGAGGACCCCAGUAACGAAUAUUGUGUCGUGGGAUAUGCUGAGACAGAGGAGAAUGACUCUGUUGACCUUCAUAGCCCACCCCCCUCCUCUCUGCCUGCCAGUCAAGGGCUAGGGGUGUUCCGCUGGUCAGGCAGCUCCUCAGAGAGAUCCAGGACCCUGACACCCACAUCCGGCCUCUCGGCCCUGCAGCAGUUCCAGCGCAAGAAGGAAAGCUUCUCCUGGAGCCAGGAAGGCCAGAGGACUCGGAAGACCCCUAGAGCCCCAUCUCCCAUCCUGGGCCAAGAGGACAAGGAUUCACCACCAAACUCUCCACCGUCUCAGGACAGUGCCUACUUCUCUCAGCAUAACCACACAUCCUGCAGUGUAGUGGAAGUGUCCCCACCCACUCGGCUGGAGGAUGCCACCACGCCUAGAAUUUACUCAAGUAAGGAUUCAGACUCUGGCAAAAGCCCCAGUUCCUCUCCAACAGCGGAUGAAAAGAAACCCAGCACAAUGAGAGCGAAGGUGGCAGGUCUACCGCGGAUGAAACCCGGUGACCAAGGGAAAGGGACAAAGAUCCGACACUCUGCCCCUGCCAAGGCCAGUGGCCUCCGUAAAAAGCCUGCAGGGCCUGGAAAGAAACUCGCCACCAACAAUGAGAACAACCCUGGCCUCCAGGCCACCAUCAGUGGCCUCUGGAAAAACUUUGGUUUUAAAGAAAAUCCAAAGAUAAACCCCUGUAAGAAAGGAGAACCCAUGUCACCAGUGAAGGACAACGUGCUGGCCUUCACACCUGAAACGGACAAGGAUAUUUACUUAAUCUCUAGUGUUCAGAAAACACUCUGAUGCCAAGUGUUAUACAUUUUUCACAGGCAGAGCACCUUGUGAAAGCCUUACAACAUACUGUGUAUGUUGAUACUUAGUGUAUUUUUAUGGACUAGAUGUAAAUGCAUUCUGUAAUUGAUUUCAGUUUAAAGAAAUGCAACUUUCUUAAAGGUUUAGGCAGUUAAUUAAAAAUCUAUACUAUUUGUAGGUUGUUGAAUUAAUUUUAUUUCAUAGCCAUAGUCUAGAUCUGCCCAGAAAUGAAUGUACACUUCAUGGCCAUAAGUAUGUGGACUCCUGCUCGGCAAACAUCUCAUUCCAAAAUCAUGGGCAUUAAUAUGAAGUUGGCCUCCUUUUUGUUGCUAUAACAGC